AUGGUACGGUUCGGUCGGCAUAAUCGCUCGGCAGAGUUGCCACGCCGUCUACUCAUCGGUCGUAAUCUCAAUAAUCUGCCUGGCUAUGCAACACCACAACGCAUUUGUAUGCCGGGCGCACGCGGUAGUCCUGAUGAACCAAGUACGGCUGAGGUGAAGGCACCACUUGGCGAAAUUGGUUUAAAAAGACCAAAUGAGCCACAAGCUGCUAUUGGGGCGCAUAGUUUGCCUGGGCCCACCGGCAGGCAUGGCCUCCUCGGUGCUCGUAGACUACUAGGUCCAAUGGGUCUACCUGGCUUACCCGGAUCGCAGGGAGUGCAAAAUGCGCCUGGUGUUGCUAUAAGUGCAACGUCCACAAUAUCGUUGGCUUUAACGUAGUGGUCAUCUACGCGGCGUUAG